GGGAGAGAGACACCCCGAGCAGGGGAAGCACGGUCUUGAAUUCUUGUCCCUGCUCCGAUCCGCUGGAAAUCUCUGCCCUGAAUUCCAGAGGCGCUGAGAGUUCCUGCGUAAACAAAAAAAGGGAGCCAAGCGUGCCAGGAUGGCGUUACCUGGAUUAAAAACACGGAUAUUCGCUGCUCGCGCCUCAAAACCAAACCCUGGCGGUAAACUUGGGAUUUCUGCUGGUGGAAGGAUUUUUGGGGGCGUGAGGAGCCGGUUUAAACGGAAAUAGCCAGAGUUGAGUGUUCGUGGCCAGCAAUUCUGCGCUCCGUGCUGUGAUAUUUGUGACAAUUCGGCUUUUCUCCGGGGCCGGGUGUGUAAACGCGUGUGCGGUUCGCUCCCGCGGGGACGCACGCGGGGAUUUCCGCGGGGGGAUAAACGCGCCGUAAAUAAAACGCACGGAGCCAAACCGAGGUGGGGGUGGAGGGUGACAAAAACCCAUCCCAGCCACCCCCAAACUCCUCCAAAUCAUCCAAACCAUCCCCUGCCCCGUUGGCGGAGCCUCAGGAGGGUGAAAUCUGCCGGCGGCAUCUGUUCCCCCCGUUCCGCGGGACCCCUAUUCAUGUCACGGGCCUUUCAGGCCCCAAGAUGGAUUCCUGGGCCGGGCACUAUUAUUGUGUGUUUUCUCCUAACCUUUCAGGUCAGCUCCCACCAGACAGCUGGAGAGGGGCCGUCACGUGGCCUCGGGGUGCCAAUGUUCUGCCAGAGGGGUGUCAAGACCCUGGUAGCCAAAAAAACCCUCGCGGAAGAUGCAGAAGGCCUCGUACUACGACAGCUCCACGCUCUUCGGGGGUUACUCCUACGGCGGCGGCGCCAAUGGAUUCGGCUACGAGGGUGCCCAGCAGCCUUUCCAAGCCGCUUCCCACAUGGAGAACGACUUCCAGAGGUCUGCCUGCUCCCUGCAGUCUCUCGGCAACGCUGCCCCGCACGGCAAAAAUAAAGAGCUCAACGGGAGCUGCAUGCGGCCCGGUUUGGCCCCGGAGACACCGGGCUCACCCAACGCCAACAACGGCAGCGGCGGCGGCGGCAACGGCCAGGCCGGCAGCGGGAAAAGCGCCGCCGGGAAAGCCAAUCUCGGAGCCGGCAUCUCCAAGCAGAUCUUCCCCUGGAUGAAGGAGUCGAGGCAGAAUUCCAAGCAGAAGAACGGCUCGCCCAGCGCAGGUAGCUCGCCAGGCCUCAAGGGGCUGGCGGACAGCAGCGGCUCCAGGAGGCUCCGCACCGCCUACACCAACACCCAGCUGCUGGAGCUGGAGAAGGAAUUCCACUUCAACAAAUACCUGUGCCGGCCGCGGCGGGUGGAGAUCGCGGCGCUGCUGCAGCUCAGCGAGCGCCAGGUCAAGGUGUGGUUCCAGAACCGGAGGAUGAAGCACAAGAGGCAAAGGCAGCGGAGAGAGGAGCCGGGUUUGGGCGGCCUGGAUGAAGGCAGCGAGCCCGAGGGCAGCCCCGCUCCGCCGGAGCCGCGGGGGAACGCGGGGCCGAGCUCCGAGCAGCCCGGGCCGGCCGCGGGGGAGGCUCCGGACUCGCCGGUGCUGCCGGAGCUGGGGCUGCUGCCGUGCCUGGAGCUUUCCCAAGGCUUUUCCCCGGCUCUUCCCGCUGCCCUGGAGAGCCCGCUGAGGUUCUCCGAGGAGGAGCUGGAAUUCUUCAGCAGCGCGCUUUGGAGCAUCGACCUGCAGGGAUUCGAUUAGCGGGGGGGACCGGCUGGAGGGCACCCCAAAAUCGGCACGAAAACUGGGGGGGACACCCAAAAUCUGCCCUGAAAGGGGGGAAAUGCCCCGAAAUUUGGUCUAAAAGAGGGGGAACCCUCCAAAAUCUGCCCUGAAAGAAGGGAAAUCCCUCGAAAUCUGGUCUAAAAGAGGGGGGAACCUCCCAAAAUCUGUCCUGAAAGAAGGGAAAUUCCCCGAAAUUUGGUCUAAAAGAGGGGGGAACCUCCCAAAAUCUGUCCUGAAAGAAGGGAAAUUCCCCGAAAUUUGGUCUAAAAGAGGGGGGAACCUCCCAAAAUCUGUCCUGAAAGAAGGGAAAUUCCCCGAAAUUUGGUCUAAAAGAGAGGGGAACCUCCCAAAAUCUGUCCUGAAAGAAGGGAAAUUCCCCGAAAUUUGGUCUAAAAGAGGGGGGAACCUCCCAAAAUCCGGUCUAAAAGAGGAGGAACCCUCAAAAUCUACCCUGAAAGAGGGGAGAACACCCCAAAUCUGCCCUGAAAGAAGGAAGAGCCCCUGAAAUCUGACCUAAAAAGGGGGGCAACCUCCCAAAAUUUGGUCUAAAAGAAGAGGAAAUGCCCAAAAUUUGUCCUGAAAGAGAGGGGAACCCUCAAAAUCUGCCCUGCGAGAAGGAAAAUCCUCAAAAUCGGCCCUAAAAGAGGGGGAAAAGCCCCAAAAUCUGUCCUAAAAGAAGGAAAAAAACCCCACAAAAUCUACCCUGAAAGAAGGGAACCCUCCAAAAUCCGCCCUAAAAGAAGGGGAAACCCCCAAAAUCUGCUCUAAAAUAAAGGGAAACCCCCCAAAUCUGCCCUAAAAGAAGG